AUGAAAAAAUCUGAUGCAGUUCAUCACGAUAUUUAUGAUUCUUCAGAAGCAAUAAAAAAAUAUAUAAAGCAAUUCCUCAGUGCAAAUCCACAGCUGAUAAAAGAUACACCUGAUGUUGUGAAAGAUUUACCAUUUGUAAGCCAGUCUCCGGAAAUAUUUGAAGACCAACUCCUUGAACAAGUUGACCUAGAUAAACUACAAAAAACUAUGCCAACAAAAUCUGAAGAUGAUUGGGGUGUUGCUACUCCUGACAAUAUACAACGUCAACAUUGUAAAAAGUUUCAAAUCAGUGGUGAAGGCUUCCUUGGACAAUAUACCCCACUUUUCACAUCUAAACUUGAAGAAAAACUGUUAAAUGACCCACAGUAUAUGAAAUCCAUUGAACAUGAAGUCCUGAUGCUAUCUAAAGCAAAGAAAAAUUUAAAUAAAUAUCUUGAUUCUCUCAGAUGGCUUGAAACUAUUUAUAAAACAUGCAAGUACUGGACAUCUGAAUCACUUUCUUCAUUUAAGAAUUUACCACCACAAGACAUAGAGCAAAGGCUUGGAGAGCUUAAUGCUUGGGGCAAAAAAGUGAGAGAAAUGGAUGUCACCUUCAUAACGAAAAACCAACUUUUUUCAGUUGAUUCCAUUGAGAUCUAUGAUUACCUCAUUCCUCGGCUGGAUAGCAUCUAUCAACAAUUGCUGAACUAUGUCCUCACAGAGAGCAUGAAUAAUUCUGUGUUGUUCUGUGAGAAAAUACAUCAAAUGGCAAAGGUUCUUGAAGGAAAACCAGUUGAUGUCAAAGAUUUUGCUGAGUAUGUCCAUAUUUACAAGAAUUCAAAAAUCUCCAUUUAG